ACCACAAGCACUACCAAGAACACCACCAAAUUACCAUUAUAUCAAAACCUUUGCUUCACAAAGAGUAAUUGCCCCUUCAACUCCUUCAUUUCCCUCAUUCAACAACACAAAAAGAAGCUUUGAUUUAGGUCUGUUUAUUAUUCCUUCUUCUAGCUGAGAAAGUGAGAAACUUACUAUGUGGCGUCUUCUGAGUGUGGUGACUAGGAAACUGCAAAACACAAAGAAGAGUUCAUCGAGGGUGGCUGAUGAGAACAUGUUUGAGGCUGCUGCAAACGGAGGAAGAAGGGAGCAUGGUUGGAGUGGAAUCUCUCUUAUACAUGGCAUUCUUCAUGCUCCCAUAUCAAUUCUCUCAUGUGUGUCUCAUCCUGAAGCAAAUGGGUCGGAUGGGGUUUGGGUUUCUGGUGAAUUUGUUCAGAUUUCUGAAAUGAAUCAUCUUAUGGUAAAUGACAGCAUGAGAUAUGCAAUUUUGAUGUAGCAACUAAAUUAGUAUGUGAAUAUAUCGUAGCUUUUGUAA